AUGGAGACCUACAGCAGUGACCCGAUGUCAUCUACAGAGGACCAGACCAGUGAAGGAGCCUCACAGACUCCUGCUGGUCCCAAGCCUGAGCUGAGGCUGGUGCUGCUGGGCAGGAAUGCUGCUGAGAAAAAGGCAGCACAAGACGCCAUACUGGGGAAUACAACGGUCAACAGCAGUGAGACUAGCGGCAGCAGUGAGACUAGCACCAAGAGUGAGAUUAGCGUGGGCAGCAGUGAGACUAGAGCCUUCUCGGAGAACCAGAGCAGUGAGAGCCAACAGGAGAGCGUGUGCGAUAGACGUGUGAAUGUGGUGCACACUCCAAACUGGUUCAGUCCUGAAGUUCAUCAGGGGAAACUGAGGGAGGAUGUGGCUCUGUGUAUGCAGCUCUCAGCUCCUGGACCACAUGUCUUCAUACUUGUCAUCCCUGUCGAAGAUAUCACAACAGAGGCUAGAGCAUUGACUCAGUAUGUUGAGAACUUAUUUGCAGGGAUGAGUUGGAAGCACACCCUGAUUCUUUUCACCUCUAGAGAAGAAAUAACUGAAGAGACCAUGGAGGAGAAGCUGACCACAGGAUGUCAGGAGCUCAUGAAAGUGGUUGAGAAAUGUGGACACAGGUGGCAUCUUCUGAAUGUAAGCAAGAAUGACAGUAGUGACCAGGUGGAAGGACUUCUAAGAGAAAUUGAGGAUUUGGUAGACCACAAUGUGAAGGAUAGUUUCUACAACAGUGAGACCUAUCUGGAGGCAGAGAAUCAGCUGAGAGAGAUGGAACGCAUGAUCCAGAGAGAAAGAGAGGAAAGAAGAGAAAGGGAGGAGAGGGAGUGCAUGAAACAACACGAGGAGGAGUUGCAGGAGUGUGUCAGGGUAAUGGAGGGAAAGAUCCAGGAAAAAGGAUGA